GAUUUAUACAUAUCCAUAUAUAUCCCCAAUAUUGUUGUUUUUUUUUGGGGAAACAUGCUCUUGUUAGAUGGCUUUCUACGACAACUGGCCAGAGUGGGACUCCAAGGUGGUGCUCGCUUUGCUAAUGAUCAUUGUGGUAGUCGGAAAUGUGUGGGAGAUGAUGCUGACCAAGAGACAGCAAUUGGUGUGCCUUAAUUCCGUUAUCGUUCCCGAUGAGCUUCGCGGGAUCAUUCCACCGGAUAUAUUCCAUAGGGCCCGCAUCUACGAACUGCACAAGAUGGAGCUCAUGAGCUGGAAGAUUUUUGUAGACAUGUUUCUAAGCCUGGUCGAGCUCUUCUUUGGAUUCUAUCCGUUCCUCUGGGGUCUAGCUGCAACUACGCUGGCAAAGGCCACCCAUAAGGAGAUCUGGAUAAGCCCGGUAUUCGUAUUCUAUAUGACAAUCUACAGCUGUGUGCGAUACCUGCCCGUGCUGGCCUACGACAAGUGCAUCCUGCAGCUGCGCUACGGAGUCCAGGGGCAGUUCUCCUGGUGCCUUUACUGCUGCGUUGCCAUUCCAGCCAUCAUUCUGACGCAGAUUUGACUGGCCCCCAUUGCGCUGCUCCUUGUGUUUACCGUGCAGUCGGCCGGCUACUGGUUCUUCCUCUACUUCUGGGGCGCCUGGGCAAUAUUCACGAUUUUGCUGGUCUUCUUGUUCCCCUACUGUUGCAUCCCCUGCAUUGGCAGGCAACGGAGGCUGUCCGAGGGCACGCAGCUGUAUACCGAUGUGAAGCGCGUCUGCGACGUGGCCGGAUUCCCAGUGAAGCGCGUCUUCAUCAUCCGCACCAAGACCAUGCAGUAUAGCAAUGCCUACUUCUACGGCAGCUGCUGCUUGAAGCGGAUCGUCCUCUUCGACACGCUGCUGCUCAACAAAGGCCUUGAUCCCAGUCAGCUGAAGCCCUACGAGGUGGGCAGGGGACUCACAACUCAGCAGGUGACUGGCGUGGUGUGCCACGAGUUGGGCCACUGGAAGUACGGACACUUCUACAAGACCACGCUGAUCAUGAAGCUGCACUUCCUCCUGACCAUGCUGCUCUUCGGCGUGCUCUUCCACUGUCCCAAGCUGUACAAGGGUGUGGGCUUCGCAUCAGGAAUUACUCCCAUCAUCGUCGGCUUCAUCAUCGUCCUGCGCUUCGCUCUGACCCCAUAUUUGACGCUUGCCAACUUCCUGAUGCUGUGGAUGAUGCGGCACAACGAGUUUGCUGCCGAUCGCUAUGCCCAUCGUCUGGGCUAUUCCGCGCAGCUCAGCUCGGCCCUCAUCAAGAUCUACGCCGAUCACAUGACCUUCCCGGUCUUCGAUGAUUGCUAUUCCAGGUGGCAUCACACGCAUCCCACGAUCCUGCAGCGACUGGCCUAUCAGCGUUUCUUGGAAUACAAAGCCGCUACCAAGACUGAGGACUCUGGCAAGAUUCGAAAACCAGACUCGGCAUGAAGUAGUCCCUGAAAUUUGCUUAGCAUUUUCUGCUACACUAUUUUGAGAAUUCACAUAAAAUUGUCCGUACGACACGAACACGAACACGAACACAAAUGGGCAAUGACUAACUUUGGACCGAUUACAAAAUUGGCGGUCAACAUCGGCAAAGGGUGAGUGGAGUCGAAUACGACCCGAAUCCUAAUGGCCUUCUCUGAUAAUACUUGACAAUAAAGAAUACAUUUUGGAACACUCUUAUGGUGUUACACACCCACUA